GACGGGUGCCUUUACCCAAGACCAGCACGGAAGUAUUUUUGAUUCACAGGGAAACAAAUUUGCUCAACGCUGCGCUUUACCUAUCAGGUGAAAUUAACAACAGGUGGAAAGAUGUCAGAGCCCAGCAAGCAAGAUAUUGCUGCCAUUUUCAAACGACUACGUUCCCUUUCUACGAAUAAGGCGUGCUUUGACUGUUCGGCUAAGAAUCCUAGCUGGGCCAGUAUCACCUAUGGAGUGUUUCUCUGUAUAGACUGCUCAGGAACACACAGGUCAUUAGGAGUGCACUUGUCAUUCAUCAGGUCUACUGAGCUGGACUCUAACUGGUCCUGGUACCAGCUGCGAUGCAUGCAGGUGGGCGGCAAUGCCAGCGCGAAUGCCUUCUUUGCCCAGCAAGGCUGCACGUCCAAUGCCGCAAACACCAAGUACAACAGCCGAGCCGCUGUGCUCUACCGCGAGAAGAUCAAGACCUCGGCCACGCAGGCCACAAGGCGCUUCGGCACUGAGUUGUGGCUGGACAGCCAGGCCCCCCUCUCUCCAACAUCUCCUGUCAAUAAGGAGGAGGAUUUCUUCAGUAUGCACGCGCAGGCAUUCCCUGAUGAUCGUAGCUCCGCCCAGCCUAAUAUAACAAGCUCCGCCCAGAUGAAUCUAAGCCCCACCCCAGUAGAGGAACCCUCUACAAAAGAAACCGAGAGGGACAAAAACGGUAAUACAGAGGGUCCCAGUGUUGACGUGCUAAGUAUGUCUCCUAAAGAAGCCUUAGAAUCCUCCUCUCUUCUCAAGAAGAAACCAGCUGGGGCCAAGAAAACAUUGGGUGCUAAGAAAGGUGGUCUUGGGGGUAAGAAGGUGAGCAAACAGAGUUUCUGUGACCUGGAGAAGAAAGCACAGGCGGUAGACAAACUCAAUGAGAAAGAUACAGCACCCACCACCAAGAACAGCCCCCAACCAGCAGAGGAAUCCAUUGGUGCCUCCAUGAGACUGGCCUAUAAGGAUCUGGAGGCGCAGCAGAGGAGUAAUACAGAGAAGAUGAAGGGGAUGGGGGAGAAGAAGAAGGAGCAGGCUGAGAGACUGGGCAUGGGCUUUGGCAGCAGGAGUGGCGUGUCUCACUCUGUACUGUCAGACAUGCACACUAUCCAGCAGGAGAGCCCAGUGGGGUCCAAGCAGCCCACUAAGAGCCGGAGGUACACAGAGAAGGAGGAAGAGGAGACUGACGAAGGCUCCUUUACAUCCAGGAUGUCGAUGACCAGUUCAAUGACCAAGUUUGAUGACCCGACAGAAUCCUCUGACAAGUUCUUCUCCAAUUGGAGCGAGACAGGGGAGUCUGGCUGGAGGAAAGAGAGCAGGAAGCCAGAGCCAGACUUCUACCUGAGCACCAAGAGUUCGUCACAGGACGACAGGACCGCAGCCCGGCGGAAAGCAGACCCAGUCCCUGUCUCAGACUCAGGCGACGCCCGCAAGAAGUUUGGGGACGUCAAGGCCAUCUCCUCUGACAUGUACUUUGGCAAGCAGGAUGACUCUGAGUAUGAGGCGAAGACUCGCCUGGAGAGGUUCUCUGGAAGCAACUCCAUCAGCUCAGCUGACCUGUUUGAUGACCCAAAGAAACAGAUGGCCAGCUCAUAUCGUCUGACCAACAUGCUGCCCAGUGCUCCAGACAUGUCCCAGCUGAAGCUGGGGGUCCGCUCUGCCGCCGGGAGGCUGUCCGUCAUGGCCAGCGGAGUAGUCACGUCCCUUCAGGACCACUACAGUGCGUGAGUCCAAUGUGUGUACCUGUGUUAUGACACACACACAACCUGUUAGGUCCCCUGGGUAUUGGAGUCGGUAAACAUCCUUACGUGCGAUGGACAAGCUAAGCCGUGCAGGAGAGGGAGAGAUGGACGGAGAGAGCGAAUUAGCAACAUUGUGUAGGCCAGAACAUGGGCUGUAGCUAUGUGUGUGUAUAUAGCAGUUAUUUGAAUAAAGGAUGAAUUAUCUACAUUGGAGUGAUGUCGAAACAACAUCCUCUAUGAGGUAGAUGUAUGAAGAACACUUAUUUACGCAGCUUAUUAUUUAAUCUGUCCAGGCCUUUGGUUUUGAUAUUUACAUCAAUGGUAUUCAAAAUAAAAUGUUAUCAUCCCAUUGUGGUUCUAAUUGAGGGUGACUUAGGUUUUGGGUUCCUUUUCCCCUGUGCAAUUGUUAUUGAAUCAUGUCAUCUUGGUCACCUUGGUUUUUAUGUAGCUAUUUGCAAUGAAGACAUGUAUUUUUCUACAUGCGGUAUGUAAAUAAUUGAGUUAAUUAAUCUGAUGGGCGUUGUUUUAAUUACCUGCCAAAUGCAGAGAGAUGUUGCCAUGUAGGAUACAUGUCUUAAAUGUUAGGGUGCCUUCAAACCAAAAUGCCUGCGACGCAUUGUGCGUGUGCCGAUUCACUGAAUGUGUGUUUGGAGGUAUGGUGAAGUGGAGAACAUUCGUGUAGCUCUGCCAUUUCAUUCACUUCUAUCCACCUGUACACUGCUCUCUGAAAAAAGGUGUUUGCUGUGCUUUUGAAGCAUUGUUUGCAUUGGUUUGAAAGUGCCCUUAGUCUUGGAAGUGUACUUAUGUCUGUCACUCAUUUUUGUCACUUGACUGAAGGACCAAAUACUCAACCUGAUUUAUUUUGUGUUGUGUGUGUGUGUAGACACACUGGUCGGAUACGGUCCUGUACAGUGUAGCAUGAUCUGGUCUGCCUCUCAUUAGCCAAACAUAUUCCCCAUCUUACUAUUGACUACUCCAUUCAUUCAUCUGAACUGAUGGCAUCUUAAUGUUCUGUCCCAGUACUCUCAAAGGCUGAGUUUAGACAGGCAGCACAACUGAUCUUUUUCUUCUCACUAAUAGGUCUUUUGACCAAUCAAGUCAGCUUUUUAAAAAGAUCUGGUGUGAAAAGAUCUGUGUAUAAAAAAAAAAAUCAGAAUUGGGCUGUCUGUCUAAACGCAGGCAAAUAACCGAUUCUAUUUUCCGUGAUCACAUUAGUUUGUGAGAGGAACACAGGACACCCAUCCAAUUAUUUUACUGUUCUGUGGCUAUGAAGGAAAAGAGAAGGAAAGGAACUCAUGCAAAAGAAAUGGGACGUGGCCCUCUGUGAUCAAGGACCCAUUGGCUGCCCUCCCUAGAGCCUGACUCAUUUCAACAAAAGUUGUACUGUGUGUUUAGUGAAGAGUAAACUCUAACCCUUUGCUGAGCAGAUUCAUUGUAAAUUACCUCUGUGAACUGUGUACCUUGCAGAGACUAUUUAGGGUGUUUAGAGUAUAUUUUCACACUGGGUAUAUGUGGGUUAUAUUUUGGGUGUUUAUGCGUAGUGUGGUUUUGUUAUUUUGAGGGGAUUGGCUAGAAGUCUUUAACUGGAUGUUGCCAGAAGUAUUUCUGGCUACCUAGUAUCACCUACCAAACUCUCAUUUAAUGCAUAUUUUUCUCAUUUUGAUCCUUACUAAUUUGAACUUUUGAGUUGAGAUUCAACACUGAAGUGAAAUAUAUUUAAGAUGCAACGUUACCCAUUUGAAUCUGGAUUUUGUAUAGUGUGUAAUUCAGUGACCAACCAGGGCUUUUGUUAAUUCUCUUUCUACUGUAAUCCAAAGAAUUAGGAUAUAUGUGCACAUGCCCUAAAAAUGACAAUUAUGGGAAGAUCUAGUUUUUGUGUAUUUGUAUUAGAACCUGCAAGUAAAAAAAUGUUACUUGAAUGUACAUCUAUAGAACAGUACCUGAAGCAUUGCAUUAGUUUCAUAAUAGUUUCAAAUACAUUAUGGACAUGAGCUCUUUAGAGAUCCAUUCAAUUUGUGUAAUCAAGGUGUGUAUCAUUGUUAGCUGCUGUGUAUAAGAAACUUUGCUUCAGAAUAAAAAUUAUACUGCACUUGCAUGUCCUCAGUGGCAGACUUACCAUUAGGCAACUCAGGCAGUUGCCUGGGCCUUGUAAACUUGUCAUGAUUCUGUUUAAUAAAACAUCAUUUCUGUUA